AAUUGGUCGAAUACAAAGACAGAAAUUAAUUAAAUAUUGAUAAAAUAUUCUCAACUUAACUGAUUUGAGUCAUCAACCAAUCGUAUGAUAAUUAACGAACUCGUCCAUUGAUAAAAAUAAACUUAUAAGGAACAAACUUUUAUUUUUUUUUUCUCAAACCACUGAUGAAAUCACUAGACUGACUUUCUAACCUAAUCUAAGUUUUGCGCGCGUACAAAGUACCUUUGAUACUUGGGUACGACUCGCCGAAAAACCGAAUUUCCGAGUUUUUUGUUCAUCUCCUUCGGUAAGUGUCAAACAGCUUGUUAUAAUGUGGAAUACAAGCUCUACAAACCUUGGAGGUGGAUUUUUGGACGAAAGCACGCAGGGCAGUAGUACCGGCAGAAAAGGAUCACAAAAUAAUGAUAGAUCCAUCAUUCCUGUACUGAUAAAACACAUUACGUCUAGUACAGAAGACCUGCAGAUCGCCGGUCGAACCGUGAAUACUUUAAAACUUGUUGGAAUCAUACGUCAUAUUGAGCAAGACACGACAAAAAUUUCGUUUACUAUCGAGGAUGACACAGGUACAGUUUCAGCUAUGAUGUGGCUAGAAGCAGAUAAGGAUCCUGCAGAAAGUAACAUUUGUACGCAGGUCAAUACAUAUGUACGAAUUUUUGGAGUGCUGCGCACGCAAAGUAAUCAACGAUUUGUAAUGAUCUUGCGUAUGCAUCCCUUGGAGAGCUUGAAUGAUCUAACAGCCCACUUUAUGGAGGUUCUGUAUAUUACAUCAAUGGCUAGGAAACCUGCAGAAGAAACUAUGCUACAUACUAAUAAUUCAUCAAUGAUUGAUAGCACAAUGAGUGGUAUGUCACCUGAGCAAGUGGCAGUUCUCGAGGUUGUUAGAUCGGCGAACGAAGCUGAAUGCGGUAUCGAGAAAAAAAAUAUUUUGGUACAAAUACCUAAACAUAUUAUACCUCGUGUAAACGAGAUAUUGGACUUUCUUCUCUGCGAAGGGCAUAUUUAUACAACCAGUUCAGAAGAUUUCUUUAAAGCUACCUAAGUUACAUGUUGCUCUUAAAAAGUUCUAUAAUAUUAAGAUACUAUCUAUAUUUAUAUUAAAUACAACUUUUCUAUCCUAUUUGUGUUACAUUUGUUACAAUUUUCUAUACUGUAAAUGGUCUAUUAAAAAAGUAAGUCAGAAUUGAGAAUAUUGGCGUUUAAUGAUGGAGCGCACUAUUUGUAUCAUUCUAUUUUUGUUUUAUGUAUUAUGUAUUUUGUAUGAACGUAUGUAAAAACAAAGUUUUUACAGUAAGACAACAGUGCGCUAACUUAUAAGUACGUUCCAAAUAUGAGUCUUAAUCUUUUUCCUUAAAAUUAACAUAAAUGAUAAUUUUGAUUUAAACAUGUCAAUUAUUAAGCUCGAAGUAUUUUAAUAAGAAAAUAUUUAAUAAAGAAUAUCUUGGAAAUGUCUGGUUUUUAAAAAUUAUGAACAUUAAAGAUGUGCACAGGCUUGAAGUCUUACAA